AUGAAUCUCGGAGAUUGUUUAGAACAAGUGGCUCCGUACAAAAAAAACCCAGAUGAAACACAUGAAUCAGCUCAAGAAUAUUACGAUCAAGCUAAACGACUAGAUCAAGAACAACAUGGAAGUCAAAUUAAACCUGAUGCCUAUGUUCGAACAGCUCUUAACGACUUAUAUUCAGCUGAAAAAAUAGCUCAUAGAUGUACAGAUCCUACAAAGGCUCUUCGAAACGAUAUUGAAAACUAUGUCAAUAAACAAUUGAGUGCCAUAGAAAAUUUGAGCCAAGCGUUUCAUGGUAAUUUAGAAAAAUUAUCAGCUUUCAUCAAUUCUCAACAAAAUUUCAAUAACUUUGAACGUCCACUGAGCCAGCGCGAAGCCGCAAAAGCCGAAGCUCUAGCUAUAUUAAAACAUAAAGUUGAUAUGAUGAAAGAAACGGAGGAUGAAUUCGAAGGAUCAGAAGUACAACAGCAAUAUUAUAGAUCAUUGUGUAUUUCUCUUUGUAAUGUAUUUGAUAGUUCUCGAAUUGUAUCAUCAGCUAUGGUAAGUCAUUGUCUUACGGGUGCAUUGUCAACUGGUGCUCAAGGUUUAAAGUGGGGCUUUGAAAUAAUAAAACGAGUUGUCAACCAUUUUACAUCGUUACCAGGAGGAGCAACGGUUGAACAGGUGGCAGGUGGCGUUGUUUCUGGACUGAAAAAAUGGGACGCACAUCGAAUAACAAAUGCAUUAAAUGUAAUUGGAAAGUUGGAUACACCACAGAAAUUUCAUGAAGCUGCAAAUUAUAUUUCAAGACAACUAACAAUUAUUUAUAAGUGUCAGUUGGAGCAAUGUGUACUGUCGCAGAGAAAAGACAGUAUCAAAUCAACAUCAUCUGUACAACAAGUUAAAACAAAUUGUUGUACAUGUAUGAAAGUAACGGUGGAUAUCGUAUUGAACAGAGAACGGAAAACAUCAAUACAAAAGGUUGCUGAAUAUGCAACAUCACUAAUAUUGGAUAAAAUAAAAACGUUUGAUGUAACAACAUUGCCAACAGAAGCAGGAUGUUGUGACUGUCUUCUUCGACGAAAGGGAAAUAAAAUUAAUGACGGACAACCUGUUGGACCACCGAAAUCAUUAGAAGAAUUAAAUGAAAAAUUAAUUGACGCUGUCUGCAACACCACUGGUAAACCAAUAAUAUCUACUGUAUUGGGUACCGAUAAAUUAAAACUGGCAAGGACAAAUCCUGAAACACCAGAAGCAAAAAGAGUAUGGCGAAUAUAUGAAUUUUAUCAGAAGCCAGGUAUUGAGUUACGAACAACCGAUUCAGUUAAAGAAAUUCCAGUUGGUAACCAUCAGCGAUGGUAUAGAAAUGGGAUGGAUAGAAAACUGUAUUAUUAUCGUUUAUCCACCAU